UUUAUGUAUGUCUAAAAAGGAUAAGAAAGAGGAUGCAGCCGUCUGUUUGAGAUCAGCUGGAAAAUAAGUUCAGUAACAGUUUUCCCCGUAAGAGGGUCGGGGACCUCGUGUCCACCUCCCAGCGUGAACCUGCACCAGUUGCGUUGUGAAACUCGUGAGGUCGGCCGUGGGCUCACCGCCAGUCACGCCUGGAUCGUUCUCGAGGUAACUUCUCUCUGGAGGCGGCACGAUCCACUUAUAUAUAUCGUCGUCAUGUGAUUCGGCACCGAAAAACGUAUCGUUCUUUUUUUAUCGCGUUUAUGUGCAUUUAAUAAAAAUAAGUGACCGAUUGAAUUCUCAGGUGUUGGACUCUUACUCGUUGAACUAGAAAAUUGGAUGAGGAAGGGAGAAUGUAUCAGAAGAACAACGGCGUUUACGAAGAGGCUCGACUGCAGGCCGCAGAACACACGAUGGCAAUAAAUCGCGCCAUUUUGAAUCAUGUCGCAAGCCAGCGGAGGUAAAACGAUGCCCAUUAAACUCGACCAUCGCUCUAAUCAGAGUUCUGUGCACUGAUAGAAUCUCAGUUGCACCAGGGAAACUUAUAGUUUCCCUGAAACGAACACACGCUCAACGCCGAUGAAUGUAUCUAUACAGGUCGUUGUAAAUCACGUGUUGAACAUGGCAGGAAAUCCUCUGGGCGUCACUCUUCUAUUAUCUAUUGAUUACACAGAUCUUUUGCGGAAGGAGGUUGCCUCUGAUUCACUUUUUAAUACUUUGACGUCGGUGUACUGCCGCAUGCAUGUAGUUUCACCUUCCGCAUAAUUUUACAAGGUAUCUGAUAUACGUUAUAAGAGUGUGAAAAAAUAGUUAAUUAAUGGUUUCAUUAACGUACGUCGAUAAACGACACGUGCAUCUGCGUUGGGAACCAGUUUACGGGAUUAUGUAACACGUGGCGUUGCAAAAUGGAAGCAACUGAUCCGCUGGUUAGCCAAGGCACGCGCUCAAACAAAGGAAAUUGCGAGAAAAAAAGAUAGCAGAGAAAUUAGGAGCAGAAGAAACGGGAAUUCUUGCUGAUAUAUGGGGACUACACGAAGAGAAAAUAAAAAGAAGCGUCAGGAGAAGAGAUGAGAAAUGGACGCGUGCAGUUGGAGGAAGCAAAAAAGAGUUGGAAUGAGAUUGAGGACAUGUAGACAGUAUAAAAAAGCCAGGAAGCUUCCAUGUAAGUUAAGAUGCCAGUAAUGGCUUCGACCCACUUGCGAUCGUCUUCAACGUCCAAAACGUUUCCACGGUAUUUGAACAAGAUCCUUUAAGAAUGUUAUUUGCCGAAGAAGUUAGGGGAGGCGAAGAGGUAACACGCUAUCGCUGAAACCCGAAGAAAAAGGCAAUGGUCUUUGAGAUAGCCACGGUGGAGGGAGUCGUAGCAACGUUCUCUUUUCGUACAGCAAGGCUGAAUCAGUCUCAUCGUGACUUCCGCGCGCGAAGCACGCACUUUUCAAUCAUUGCCAUCCUCUCAUCGCAACGCACAUAUGCGUUACACACAUACUAUUCCUCAGAAGCACCUGCUGAUCAUUUUUUGUGCCAUUUUCAACGCCAGCAUGCUGAUUUCAAAGAACAGUUAACGCCGUUGCCGUGAAGAGAUAUUGUACGCGGCUGUCUCACUUUUAUUGGAGUCCUUUUUACUUACGGAAUCAAAGAAAGAAGAAUCCAGAGAUAUAUAAUGUGGGGAAUGCAGGGUUCCGGAUAUUUAAAGCGUGCAAAUACUGAACGCCUCCAUGAAAUAUUUAAUCAGUACGCUUCACAAGAGAAGAAUGGCGAGUGGUUCAUGACCCCGUCUGACUUUGUCCGGAGUUACCUUGGACUCUAUACCAAUUCAGAUUACAAUCCUGACUCCGUUAAUCUGCUCGCUGGUAUCGUCGAUACUAGUAAAGAUGGGCUCAUAUCGUUUGCUGAAUUCCAAGCGUUCGAAGGGCUUCUUUGUGUGCCAGAUGCCCUGUACAAGACAGCCUUCCAGCUGUUCGAUACUAAUGGAAAUGGAAUGGUUGCAUUUGAUGAGUUCGCUGAGGUGAUGAAGAAAACUGAACUCCAUCGGCGGAUGCCUUUCAACAUGGACAGCAGUUUCAUUAAACUUUAUUUCGGAAAGGAUAAGCAGCGACUGAUCAGCUACGCGGAGUUCAGUCAAUUCUUGCACGAUUUUCACGAAGAAUACGCGGUGGAGGCAUUUAAGAAAUUCGACAAGGAUGGUCAGGGUUUUAUUUCAGCGCUAGACUUUCAGGAUAUCAUGCUGAGUAUCAAAAGUCAUUUGCUGACUAAGGAUGUGAGGGAUAACUUAGUUGCCGCGGCCAGCACCGGGCAGGGCGGACGGAAAGUCAGCUUCCCAUAUUUCAUGGCGUUCAAUUCCCUCUUGCACAAUAUGGAACUUAUUAAACGUAUUUACCUUAACGCGACGAACGGCCAUAGAUUCGAAGAAGUUACUAAAGAGAGGUUCCUUUAUUCCGCACAAAUGAUGUCGCAGAUCACGCCACUGGAGGUGGAUAUUCUUUUUCAACUAUGCGACCUGCUACAUCAAACUGGAUCUACGGAAGAUGACGAGGCAGAUUCGCGGCUUGGGAAAAUAAUGUACAGUGAUCUCGUGGCUAUUACUCCUGAGCAGUAUUUCAAGCAAAUCACGAAACGCUUAGCUGAAAUCAAAGCGGUGUCGAGUCCUGAAGACCGCGGCGUGGUAGUGCAGAUACUCGAGAGCGGAUAUCGCUUUGUUUUGGGAUCCAUAGGAGGAGCUGUCGGCGCUACAGCCGUCUACCCUAUCGAUUUGGUGAAGACGAGGAUGCAGAACCAGAGGACCGGCUCAUUGGUUGGGGAGCUGAUGUACCGAAACAGCUUUGACUGCCUGCAAAAGGUGAUCCGGCACGAGGGCUUUUUCGGCCUUUAUCGAGGUUUGGUACCACAGCUAAUGGGCGUAGCGCCAGAAAAGGCCAUCAAGUUGACCGUCAACGAUUUCGUCAGAGAUAAGUUCAUGGAUAAAAACAGCAAUUUGCCCCUUUUCGGGGAAAUUAUAGCCGGGGCUUGUGCUGGAGGAUCUCAAGUAAUAUUUACGAAUCCUUUGGAAAUUGUCAAGAUCCGGUUACAGGUGGCUGGUGAGAUAGCAGGAGGAACUAAAGUUAGAGCUUGGACUGUCGUCAAAGAGUUAGGCCUCUUCGGCUUGUAUAAAGGUGCAAAAGCUUGUUUCUUAAGGGAUAUCCCCUUUAGCGCAAUUUACUUCCCGUCGUACGCCCAUACAAAGGCACGAUUAGCCGAUGAAGGAGGUUACAAUACUCCUCUGUCGCUACUAGUAUCUGGUGCGAUUGCUGGUGUUCCUGCAGCAGCGCUGGUCACUCCUGCAGACGUGAUAAAGACCAGAUUACAAGUUGUGGCUAGACGAGGUCAGACAACGUACAGUGGAGUACUAGAUUGUGCAAAGAAAAUUUACAAGGAGGAAGGUCCGAGAGCGUUCUGGAAAGGAGCCACAGGACCUGGCGUCUUACUUCUAACACGAGUCUUCAGAUCAUCCCCUCAGUUUGGCGUUACUCUUUUCACCUACGAGCUUUUGCAGAGGCUCUUCGUAGUUGAUUUUGGAGGAUCUCGACCUACAGGAUCGGAGCAAAAGGUGCCUGCAACGGGGAUGGCAGACGAAAUUCGAUCGACGAAUCCGGAUCACAUAGGAGGCUACCAGAUUGCCUUGCCGAUCUUCACUGGAAUCGAGACGAAAUUUGGUCUAUGUCUACCCAGGUUCCAAGCAACAACUAGCAUCAGAAAAAUUCCGUAAUCAUGUCGUUCAAAACUCAGAUUCUCUGAGAAGAAUAAGUGAAAUGAGCUCCGCAGAAUCAUGAACUGGAUAAAACGGGAACCCGUCGUCGAUCGACCUAGCAAAUUGCGCUUCUAAGCUGAACCUGGACGGGAAGGAACACCAUAAGAUAAGAUAAUCCCGGCAGAAUGACGCAGGAUAUUAUAUAGGAGAUAGACCAAGAAGGAAGACAUGAAGAAGAGAGAUAUUCUUCCAAAUUGAUACUUGUACUACACACAUGAGAGUAAAGGAAAGGUGUUAUAAAUAUGGUGGAGGCUAUCGGAGAUUCCUUAAGUCUAGUUCGGUUAACGUGUAUUUGGAAUCGAUGAUGAAAGAGCAGCGUCAACGCGCACAAUCUCCUCGGUGAUAGCCUAUUUAUCGAAACCAUGAUAACAGAGAACCAUGGAAAAAGUCACACACAGGGUUUAGACAAGUUAAACACGGACGGUUUAGCCUAAGACAUUGUUAAGACGAGUACUGUCUCUUUACGCUUAUGUCAUGCAAGCGUGAAGCUCGAAUGGAUUAGCGAUGCGAAGAAGCAGAGGAAGUUAUCUUCUUUAUAUACUUUCUUUUGUCUAUAAUCUCGUAAUCCUCACAUUUUCACUCUUUGCACUCUACUUUAAAUAGCGAAUAAGAACUUCCUCAAACAAUAUGUGGCAAUAACACUCCUCUUUUUCGAUAUCGCUUUGCUUCAGUGGGAUUUCUUGAGAUGAAAACGAAGGAACUGAUAGUUUAUUCAUGGAAAUUGUGCGAAAGGUGAAAUUAGGCGUGUUAAUAUGUUCAGUCCAGUCUUUUCAGCGAGAGAGAACCGGUUCGCGCUUCAAACCUUGCUUUACGCCGCCAUGACCGCUAUAUUACUUUUUCUACUUUUUAUAUGUGGAUCGAAGACGUACUUGUUCGUAUACGGUCCCGUGUGUUGAAAAAUUUACACUAUUUUUGUAGAGUUCUAUUCGAUUGUAGCGGAAGUAGAGGCUCCACGAGAGGGUUUCCGUUUUUCUAAGGACACCUACAGGUUUCAAAAUCGCCUUACCGUUUCUCUCCACUCCAUAGAAUCGCUUUUAGAGCUUUUUACAGAGCCCCAGGAGGGCUGCACGACUUAUUGAUCUCUACUUUAUCGAACGGCUGUAGAAUCCGCCAUGUUGUUCGCCUGUUUUCUACUCUUCUUCUAGUCGCAACUGCCAUUCGUUUUAUUUCUCUCUCAAGUAUACGAUAAAACAAUAGUAUAUAAUAGUUUCGUUUGGAUUGAUAAUUGUAAUUUCGAUGAAGUUCCGAUUUAAUAAUACGUAACCUUUUGUUCGUUCUAUUGCACAGCGAGAUCAGAAGAGGCUACGCCCUUACACGUUUCUUCCUUUUUACCGGAAACUAGUGAAAAAUGUUCUGUAUUGCACGAGAUUCUAACACUGUUAGGGAUUACGUCCUAUUUUGUCCUGCCUCAGACAAUAUUCUGACCGGAGACCAGAGUCUCGUAUGAUACUAGAGAACAUCCUGGAAUAUGUUUCUUUUUGUAAACGUUCUCGUUCGCUUUGUGAAACAAUUCGGCGCGGCCUCCACGCGUUCAGUGUAUUACCUAUCAAAGAUAAUCGAGUUCUAUUUAUAAGUAAGGAUUUAUCAAGAGCUCGAGGAGUGUUUUAAAACGGUAAAAGGAGGACUGGAUCCUCCGUCCAUAGUUUCGUUCGCGGGCCUCGAGCUAUUUUAUAUCACACGCGUGGAUCGAGGAAACUAUAUGUGAAUUAUUUAGUUGAUCGUCCAAAAUAUUCGAAGGAAGUAAUGUUCCAAUAACUUAAUAACUCCGAUAAAUAAAAAACAUUUGCUUCAAUUCUUACAUGCAAAUAAUAAUGUAUAAAAAUUUCCUGUUUUUUUUUCUUACUGCGAUUAUGUCUUUGAUAAUUUUGGACGAUCAGGUUGACCAAUAUCGCGUUGGUUUUUCGUCGAGAGGUCUCAAAGACCGUGAAACGCUCCCUCCCGCAGUUCGAUAUUGUAUACUAUUUAACGAUACACGUCGGCUCGUACUUGCUGUAGAGAAAAUUAGGUCGCUUGGGACGAGCUUUCGACGCUUUCGAUCGAACAUUCCGAGGUAUGUAGGCACAGAUUCGUGAAAGUAAUAUUUGUACCAUGCUUCAAAGUCGCCUGACCUUUCAUAUCAUCGUGAUAUUCCUAAAAUUAAUAUCUAGACAUUAUUUUCUAUCAUUUUGUUGAAAGAAUAAAUACAGUAGAACUCUAUUUAUCUGAAAUUGUCAGGAGAAAAACAGUUUAUAUAAUUGAAGUGCAUACAGUAGAAGUUAAUCAAUCUUCUGUAUUCUCUAUAAUUUUCGUCCACAUAAAAGGAGCUUACAUUUAGAGUGAAUCCAAAUAGUAAAAGUGCAGUUAAUUGGGUAUUAAUUAAAAUUUCAUUUCAAUAAAUGAAGUAUAAAUAAAUGGAGUUCUACAGUGCUUUAAAGUAUUUUAGUUUAUAUAAAUUCAUUUGUCGCUUUUUGAGAUUAGUUUGUGAUCAGAACUGAUUCAGGUGACUUUGUAGAGUUAUUGAGGAUCGUUGUAUCAAUCGACUUCAGCGAAAUGCAACUCACUAGUAAUUUUCACUAACAGCUAUUGCGUAUUCCUCUUUAUGUGCAUGUCGAAAUCCCUUUGGUCAAAAUCUCGGGCCAUUCCCUACAAAAGCGAAGGGGAAGGAAGAGUUUGUUGUCAGACCUCGAUAUAAUACUUGAGUCGAUUUUUUUACAUGGCACAGCUUUUCCAAAUUCUUUCUACAAAAUUAUUUGUUUUCUGCAAGAGGGACAGAGAACAGCUGUAUAAAUUUAUGGAAAACAGCAAACAUUUCGUGAAGUACAUAUGUUUACUUUCCCGGUGUAAUUUUAUGGCAAACUUGGUCUUCCUUUAAAGCGGCAACUUGUAAAUUAAGUUCUGGAGUUUAGAAUUAGCGUAGAUAUAUCUCAAAUACUGAAUCUAUAUUUGUGUAAGAUUAGAUAAUUUUAAUUAAUAUAGUUAACAUAGUACUGACCAAACUAGACUUCAGAACUUAGAUAGCUUUGAUUAUUCUGAAAGUGAUAAACAGCGUUCGUCAUUGAAACAAACUCUCUGAGGGUGUCCCAAAUGAAAUUAUAAUUGUUAAAAGCGUCGAAGUAUUAUCUUGUGAGCUGACAUAUUGUCAAUAUGUAUCAGGUUCAAAUGAUUGAUAUAUUUUAAUAACUGAACGAAGCAACAGAAAAUCAUGGGAUAGAAGGAGAAGAGACACGUGCUGUGCUCUAGGCUAGAAAGAUGUAUUUUCUUUGUCUUUCGUGAUGUAUAGUGAUCAAUGAAAUCACGUGCAAACAGAAGAACGAAGUUGAUCAUGUACAUAAAAGAUGACAAGAAUGAGUACAGAGAUAUCUAUCGUUUGGGGCAACUGAAAUGCGGAAGUGAAUCGCUUUCUGGCCCGAAAUAUCAACUCAAAUAUCCUGAUCAUAGUUCGAUGUAUAUACAUAUGUUGCAUAUGUAAUAUAUUUGGCCGAUAUGCAUACGUGUCGUGCAUAUGAUAUGUACAAUGUGCAAAUACGAAUACUGGAAUACAUUCAAUUGCGUUCGACUCGAUUAAUCUGUAGUUGAUAAAAAAGUGUGUGGUCGGUAAAAAUUGUAAAAUCGAUAACAGGCUUCGUUGGUGAUUGGUCGACGAUUAAUAAUCGAUUAUCUACAGAUGAAAAGUUAGAGAAUCAACUAUCUAAAUGUUCUAAGUGCCAAAUGAGUAUUUUUAAAGCUAAACUUACUCUUUUUUUGGCAGUUCGAUCUUUCUUUGUAAAUGAUUUUAUUUGCUUAGUAAUUCGAGUCGAAAUGAUUGAUUGUGGGAAAGUACUCGUAGAUGUUCGGGAGCAUACAAAAUAAUAAAAGUUCAGGAAUCCGUCGUAUGCAUUCGCAGCUCAAUACACUUUGGUUUUUAUACCGCCACAUCGUCGAAACGAUUUUUCUCGAUAUUUCUGCACUAAUCUCUAAUCAUCGUUCUUAGUAAGAUUUAUCUCUUUAUUAUCGUCGUCGUCACGAUUUCUAAUGUUGCUACGAAUAUUUGUCGGGUUUAAUGGAAGGACAGAAGAUAUUCGCCGUCUCACAUACAUACACAUAUAUACAUACACAGAGAUACGCAGCGAACGCGAUUAUCAAGCUUGUGCUAAAGGGAAGAAAAGAACAGGAAGAAUCAGAUACGCGGCUCGAAGGAAUUGAACAAUUUCUACUAUCCAUAAAGCUAGCGUCUUAAACAAGCCAAUCAAUUUUUUCAUUUUUUGUUCCUAUUUUACUUUUCAUAUCGCAUUGCUUCAUGAAAAAUCUGUUGUUUCAUUUUAGAUAUUGAAUCGAAGGUUUCUCCAAACGGCCUAAAACGCAAAAACUGUUUGCUUUCGUUCACAGAGCGUUUCUGAAGAACACCUGUUCUUUGUUUUUGCCGGUAACGUUCACGUUCUGUCCCAACAGAGAUCGAAAUGUGAAAUGAUGCCGGCAAGAGGCAUCAGCCGGUUCCAAGAUUAUUAAAAUAACGAAUGUAAAUCAACGAUUCUCGCUAUGGUCAAUGAUAGUUUAAAAAUUUUAAGGAAGAAAAGAGGAGAUUUGAUAUAUAUUGGAAUUUCGAUCUCUGUUCACAGGCUUCGAUGUUUUGCCUGUUACGACCACUCGUUAGCGGGAGACCUAACAACACAGACAAAAUAGUUACGUGAUUGCACAAAAGAUAUAAUAUCAGAGGGGAACUAAAUAAGCGAAUUAGGAUUAAAGGAACUAAUUAAAUUAAAAGAAAGCAAAAGAUUAUUAUGUAUAUUAUUCAAGCGAAACAAACACAAGUAAUUAAGCUCGCUUCCAUGAUCGACCAUCUCAUAUCCCAAUCGUAUAAUGAUAAAGGAAAAAGUAAAAGAAAAUAAGAAAAAAAAAUGAUAUAAGAGAUAAUUUAACGAAACGAUUAUUAUACGAUGAUGUAACUAUCAAAUAUUAUACACUAGGUCUUUCUUGUCCCCGUUGACGUAAAUCGAAUCGACGUUCUACUGAUCUGUGAUCAUUGUCAGAUUCUUGACGGUAAACCGGAAGGCCGAUUAGUUAGACGAUUUUGAAUUCAAUUCUUACGAACUAUUCUCAGUCGUAAUAUCUUUGAUAACUUAGUUUUACCUCAUUGCAAAUUGUAAAGAUUAUAUAUAUAUAUACAUAUAUAUAUAUAUACACAUACAAUUGUAAAUCAAAAAAAAGCAGGAAAAAAAGAAGGAAAGAAAACACCUAAUUGUGAAUAACACCUAAGCUGUUGUGCAUAUAUUUUAAAAUCAGAAUAAAUAUUAUUUAAAAGA